CGGCGUUGUGUAGCAACUAGUGAAUGGCUAGCUGGCUGCGCCACCGCCGAGCUUAUUGGUAGCCACGCGGUCGGUCGAGUCUGCCAGCAAAAAGGGAAGGUGAAGGGGCCGCGCGUAGCUCUCCCGCGUGAACUGAAGUCGAGGCGCCGGGAAAGCAUGGCUUUUGACAUUACGUCGCGAUGUCGACAACAGCAAGCGCUCAAGCACCAGCCGCCACGGCUGCCAUUGACCCACACAGUGUCCUGGAACAGUUGGACCCUCUCCUGGGGCAGACCGGGUGCAUCAGAGCUCCAAAGAAGUUGGGAAGAUUGUCAGCCUGAUGAAGACAGCUCAGUUGUUGGUGGUCCGGAUUGUCCUUCUCAACAUCAUCAAGGCCACCAGAGCUCCAUCCACACUUGACAGGUUCAUGGAUGGUGGAUGGCCAGUACUGAAUGCGUGGCUGGCAGAGGCCAAGAAAAAACAGGACUUUGCUGUACU